AUGGCAAAGGCAGACUCGAUACACAAUGGACUAAAAACAGACGCAACCGAUGACGUGGAAAAAUCGCUCGAACUGCUCGACAAGGUCCUAUCGGAGUUCGAGGAGGAGCCGGACCGCCUGAACCUUCACAACCACCACCACAACCACCACCAUCAUGCGGCGGUCGAGCCGGACAGCCCCUCGCAGGGCCACCAGUCUGAGGACGAUGGUUACAUGAGCAUGAACGGAAGAAGGGCAAAAUUUGUACCUGAUUUUCAACCGACAGACGAAGCCACCGGUGCACCGGUGUCGCAGCAACAGCAACCACAGCAGAUGCCACAGCUACAACAUCAACCACAGCUUCCGGUGCCGACCGAGGACGAAUCGUACUCUCCGCCGUCACCGGAGGAAGCGGAACGAAUAAUUUCCAAUUUGCUGCCAAGAAUUUCCCCAACGUCAUCGCCGAAGCGGCGGCUCGCGACGGAAAAUGGGCAGACGGAGUGGAACGGAAGGAGCCGAAACGAAUCGAUUCGCACCUCGGACGCGAUCAGCAUCGGCGACAGCGACACCUCCGGCGACAACAAACCGUCCUCGCACGAGGAAACAGUCGUGAGCAAAAGUCCGACCCAAACAACACUGCCAAAGACGCGUCCACCGAAUGCGAUGCCCCAGCGCUACGCAAGUCUUCCAUGUUCGAGCCCACCGAAGCUGCAGGAUUUUUCCGGCUCGAACGAUACCGGAGGCGGCAGUCUGGACGGUGGUCGGAACAAGCUCGGCAUCGGCAUCAGUGCCGUGCACGAUGCAGUGCUGCGGGGGAUGGCCCGAUUGCCCGAACCCAUCCUGAACGAACAUCCGGUAACGAUCUAUCCCGGUCGAGCCUCGCCGACGCGCCGCAUGCCACCCCGCACCCUGUCCGGCUCGAUGGAGCGCCAUCGGUUUCCAGCGUCCGACAACUCCACCUCCACGUCGCAGGAAAACUCUUCGCCCGAAAACAACGAGUCGGAGUACAACGAAUCGUCGCUCUCGCCGACACACGGCCACCUGCACCAGCUCCAGGGUGGUACACCGGUGAACUCGCUCAUCAGCCGAAUAUUCCACCAGAACCCGAACGCCCCGCCACCGCCACCCUCUUCGCACAACCCCUCAGGGCCCAUCGCAGGGUCACACCGAAGUCAGCGUAUGUCCGCCUCGGGUGUCCCCAUGGCGUGUGCUCCCUCGAGGCGUACGUCGGGGCGGGCGGACAGCGACGAGGAGCGGUUCUCCGACGACUCGCUGGAGGAAUCCUCCCUCCCGCCACCCCCGGGACCACCGACCGUUCCACCGCCACCGUCGCUGUCCGCGCCCGUCACACCCUCGAAGCGGCACAGCAUCGCCUGGGAGGUGAACCUGGACGAUCCGGCCAGCUUCGGCGACCCCCUGGUGACCGCACCCAAAAGCUCCACCACCGUCAGCUCGAAGGUUGUUGGCCGGCGGAAACUGGUCCCGAAGCACGCGACGAGUUCGCAGUCGAGCCUGGAGUCCACGCCGAGCAACGUCAAGAGCGAAUCGAACGAAUGGCCCGACCCACCGGACAUACCGGUAUGCAGCACCGAGGACGAGGCUGCCUCCAUCUACUCCGACUCCGACGACCUCAUCCCACACAUCCCCGAUAUCACCGGCCGCGGGACGUACAUUAUUCGCAAAGGACGACGGCAGCGGCAACGGCUGGCAAGCCUCGAAUCGGAGCCGGUCAACAACGGUGGCCCGGUGGUGCCAGCUGACGGUCAAUCGAAUCCAUCACACCAUCAACAUCGGCAACAACAACAGCAGGCUGUCAACGACGAUCACAUGCUCCGUGGGCUGCCGAGUCCGGUUUUCCCGGCGUCGAUGAUAACGCCCAAGUCGCGCCACAGUAUCGAUCUCGGGAUGUCCGGGUUGCCGAAGGCGGCACACGGCAUCAAACCGCCAUCCUCUGCCUCCAACCAGAAGCUACCCAACUCCGUACUUUCUCCAAGGUCACGAUUAUCAUUAGACUUAAGUUCACCUACUACCUCAGAGCUUUCAACUAAUGUUAUAAAAAUCACCACCCCGACCGGAAGCUAUCCUUCUCCGGCGUCGGCGCACCAUCACGGGCUCGUAUCGUCCCCGCUCGGUCCACCCAUCAACGGGCUUAUCAAUCCGGCCGCCAGCGCUGGCGGCAGUGGCAGCAAUAGCUUGAGCAAAGGCGCUGUCGGUGGUACGAGCGUUGUCACCGUCGGUCUUUCCUCCGGCGGCAAUCAACCACAAUCCAGCGGCUCGGGGCGGUACAGUGAGUUCAAAACGUACAACGCCACGUUCGAUGCACUCGAUGGUUCGGCGAGCGGCCCGGCCGGUGGUUCCAGCGCAGGCCAUCUGAACGGUUGCGGUCCAAACGGAGUGAACGGUUCCGGUUGCCCGAAUGGUUCGGAUAAUCCACUGCUGCGCGUUUCCUCGCUGCCCACCAUCACGCCGCCCCUCACAUCAUCCGCAACAGCUGACACGUUGUCAACGCCAAGGCGCGAACUGGCACCCCCUAUCGAAGAGGACGAAGAGGUGGACAGCGACACGCAGCGAGGAGUCCCGCUGCGCAAGAUAGAAGAUAACAUUAGUGCUUUAUUACGUGGUGAUAUAUCCGUUGCUAGAGUAGCCGACAUACCUCCAGCAAGACGUCCACUAGGUUUUCGUCUAGGUGUUCAUAAAUCAGAAAGUGCCAAAGAAAUGCUUCUCUCGCAAGCAGGCCUUGGACCGCUGCCACCAUCGCCACCAUCGUCCAGCCCGGAACCGCAGGACAGUGACGAGUUUCCACCGUUGCCUCCGUCGCCAACGGAAGAACCGGAGAUGCUGCACCAGAUGCACGGCAUCCGUAUCAGCUCACGCACCCGCACCAACGGUAGUAUCAAUGGGUCGGUAAAGAAAGACCCCAUGAUCCACGGCUACCGAGAGGAUCAUCCACCAGCCAUUCCACCCCAUCGUGGACCAUCGAUAAAUACACUUAAAACAAGAUCGAUGGAUGCCGGGUUCAGCAAGUCGUACAGAAACGGUUCCUUUGGUUCGUCCACAUCACCCCACGCCCCCGGUACACUUCCUCCCGAUUUGCCCGGUUGCAAUUCGCGACGAAGAGUUAUCACCGGCGGCUACCAGAAGCGCACCGCCCAGAGUCCCCGCGAGGAGAGAUCGCUGCAAACGUCCUGCAGCCUGCCCGAAACACCCAUCUUUGCCAGAGGCUGUGACAUACCGCGUACACCACACCGACGCGCUCCGGAAGUUCCACCGCACGGUAGCGGAAGCCGCACGGCACCAAGAACUAACUCUACCACUAGCAGUCUUGGAUCCUCCGUCGUGGGCAUCAGUGCCUCGACCACGAUCGGCAGUCGACAGCGUAGCAUCAGCCAGGCGCUGGCCAACGGGGAGAUGCUGCGGCUGGCCGGCGGCCCCGCCCGGGGCUGGUACCCGAAGCAGCGCCACCCGAGACCGGCCUCGACCGAGAACCUGGACCGGCUCCAUCCGCAGGGAUCGCUGCGCGCCUGGGAGGCAGCGGGUACGGGUAGCCGCAAACCGCUCACCCUACCACCAAAUCUCACACCCAAAUUUUUCAACAAGUCACCGCGUGAGGCACUGCGCCGGGUUACUAGUUUGCUCAUUCGCAAAGGCAAUUCCGGGACGAAGGAAAAGGAAUCGAAGAAGGACAGGGAGCAACAGCAGCAACUCCAGCUCCAGCAGCAGCAGCAGCAUCAUCAUCAUCAGCAGCAGCAACAGCAGUACCACUAUCAGCAGCACCAACACCAUCAGCAGCCACACCAUCCCCAGCCGCACCAUCGGGACUCGCCAUCCGUCUUCCUGCAGCGUUCGCCCGGUUCCGACGUGGCCGACUCGCGUACCUUCCCGCAGCACUCCGGCUCCCAGCACACGACACCGACGACGCAGAAGAAAAAAGGUUUCUUCAAGAGCUUCUGGAAAAAGUCGCGCCACUAUUCGCUCGAGAAGCAGUAAAUCGCCGGCGAAAACACUACACUUUGCGAAGGUAAAAGUUAAAACAUUUUAAAAAGCACUCGUCUGGCAGCUAGAAAAGAUGUUGUGUCGCUAGGAAGCGAAACUGAAAGCAUCCCCGAGGGAAAGACAGUCCAAGAAAAAAAAAGAGGAAUGAAUGGCCAAAAACACGCAAACGAAUUUGCCACGGAGAGAACAACACGCGUCGGUAGGUACUUUUGACCUUUGACCCAUCGGAAUUUUACUACCGUCUGUGGUGGCCAUUUUCGCCCCCCCCGGAUGAUGAUGAUGAUGUUGUGGGAGGGUUUUCCCUCCCAGCACCAUUUUGUUUCACUCACGCUUUCUUUCUCUCCCUCGCUACGUAUCGGGAAUUUAAACCCUUUGGAGAAAGAAAGAAACAAGCGGUGCUUAACUGUCGAAAAAGGGUGAGGGAAAGAACACAAAUUUAAUCUACAAGAAAUCGAAGAAAUUUCUACAAACAAGAAGAACAAGAGGAAACCAAUUUUGAGAGAAACAACAAAAAGCAAAAACAUAUAAAAUUUAUCGAAAGAACGGCAGACGUAAUAACAUAUACAGGAGGAACGUGGACGGAGCUGUAGAACUAGAAGUGGUAGAUGGGAGAAGAAAAAAACUAAACUAGUAGCACGAACGAUGGAAACCAAUCCUCAGAGCUUUCGUCCUUAAUGUGUCAAAGUGUUGCCAUGAACAAAAACAAAAUGAAACAGAGCGCACAAUUUUACUACCGUUCAUUCCCAUCGUCACAUAUUCGCGAGCGUGUUGGAAAUAAAAAAAGGGAAUAAAAAAUCAACCCGUACGGAGGAGGAGAGACAACAGAGUUGUUGGAAAUUAGAAAGACGAAGAGGCGACGGAAAUCAUCAGAAACGUUUACAAGGAGAAGUUCACACACGGUUCACAGUAGAAUAGGACUAGGGAAGCAAGGAGACGGGAAACGUUUGUCCCAAUAGAAUAUACACAUUUUAUCGCGAGUAAUUAAAAAAAGUCACAUAACACACUUAAACACACACACACACACAAAAUCAGAGAAGUUCCACGCUAAGGCGAAAACAAUACUUGAAAAAAAAGUUAACAAACACAUCUUCAUUAAAACAUCUUCUUAGUUGCUUCUAUUUUACUUCGUUUUAAUUUUCAAAUAUUUUAUGAUAAUUAAAGAGAUUUUUUGUAUCUUUUGUUUUACUUUUAUUUCUUUAAUUUUACCCAUUUUAACCUGAAAGAUCUUACCGCACUUUUCAGAUUUGUUUGAGUUCCAAGAUAUGUUUUGACUUCACUCAAAAGUUUUAUCAAAUUGUAGAACCCUGCCCGACCCUUUAAAUAAUCAACGCAAACGACAAAACAAGAAUAAAACGAGAACUAAAACAAUAGUAAGAAGGGGAAAAUAUGAAAUUUAGGAGCUGGCAUUAGACAAGUGAGUCGAAUCUGGUAAGAAAUGUGUGAAUAUUGCCAAUUGAAAGUGAUAGAAAAGAUUAGGAAAUAUCCCGCAACACUACUGCUGUAGGGACAGGGAAAACAAUGAAAAGGGAAACAGUGAGUCGACAAAAGACAAGAAAAUUAAUGCAAUUUCAGCAAGUUAAAGAACGAACGAAAAUCAUUGUUGUAGGAAAACGAAGCGAACCCAAACAAACACUAAUCAGUGUGCAUUGGGGGUAGCGAAAAAAACACCCCAAACUUUCCCGAUGACUCACCGAAAACGGUAAGUUCAAGGGUUAACGGGUUCGCGUUCGUUGAUUCCAGAAGUUUUGCAAAACUUUGUUCAUUUGCCAAAAAAAAUGCAAUGGCAAUGAAAAAGGAUAAAGAAAGACAUAGAGGGAAGCACAAUAAUUCAAACAAAAAUAAGCUGAGAGGGAAAAGGUCUCCGAUCUUAAGCGGGAAAGAGGUUAGAUAAAGUUGUAAGUUGUUGUAGGAAAAGAAAAACAAAGAUGUGACGACGGUGUGUGUACCAUUUUAUUCUAUUUGUUUUCCGGAAAAGGAUUUCCCUUCCCUCAUUGAACCUCCACGGAAAUGUUUUCUUUUCAAUUUGCUCCGGUGUAACCCUAUUCGUUUCGUUGCACUGAUGACUGAUGUGACCAUUUGUUUUUCCUUUCCCAGGUGGUUCAACUGUUUGUGCCACUUCUGUUUGAUUCUCUUGCGCUCCCAUCACUGGUUUACAGAUGUGCGUUUUGUAGAUUGAACUAUAUUGUACAGGCUGUUUAAAAUUUUGUUACAUGCAUACUGAGAUUAUAAUGGAUCUUUUUUGUUUAUUUUAUUGGUCGGUUUUGUUAACGUUUUGUUUUAGUUUUCCCAUAGUUUCAACGAAGUCUUUCUGCUCGUUUCGUAACAUGGUUUUUUUGUUUCCACUCUCGAUAGUGAUAGUUUCAUCGUCGAUAGGAAGUUUGUUAUUCUGUAAAGUAGUUUAUAUCUAUUUUUAAUUAUAAGUUAAGCAAUACUAAAGGGACGAUUCCCGGAACUUAUCAACUCUAUUCGAAAACCAACAAAAAAAAAACAAAAAACACAUAAAAGUGAAAGCAAAGUUAAACUAAACUAACGAGAGAGGCGUACAAGGGACGAGAAUCGACAAGAAAUGGAUAUAGAAAAGUGCGGACUAGAAUGGUGGUUGCGGAAACGCAAAUCCGGAAGUUGGCGCCAGCGGGUUUUAGGCAACGUCAAACCACACUUGUAACAUGCUUCCAGCGAGAACCAAACUAACAAAACCAAACCUGCAUUGCAUCCAUUGCGAAACGAACAAAAAAAAAGACGCAAAGAAAAACAUUAUUAACAGAACCAUUUAACAAUGUAAAACAGCAGCAUCUUUCCUACUCGAAAUUGCGCACGAAAUCGACGUCAUGCGCCCCUUACUUGAAAGGGAAAAAAAACCUCCUCAAACUCACAUUGCACUACAGCAAACAACAAACGAACAAAACAAAAAAAAACAAACGGAAGAAAAACCCCAAAAGUGUAUCUCAGAUUUUGCUUACAUUUGUAUCGAAAGUUAGCGUAAAUAAAAA